AAAGAAAAAGUUAUUCAAAGGCCGUCAAAUCGCAGCAAUCUUUACAACUCAGGGCAAUUAUUUGUAUAAUUAUUUAUGUAAUGCAACAUUCUUUUAAUCAUGGCUGAAGGACAAUUGGAGUUGUCCAAGAAGCUAGGAUCACACACUAUAGAUAAACCCCCACCCUCACCCCCCUCAGUCAAGCCUUUUGUGGAAUACCUGGUAGAGAUCACCAUUCACAAUGUCGCAGUCCACGUCCAGGCCGCUCAAACUUGAAGCCAAGGUAGCUAUUGUCACCGGCGGAGCAAGCGGCAUCGGCGAGUCCACCGUACGUCUGUUCGUCGACAACGGCGUCAAAGUAGUCGUAAUCGCCGAUAUCCAAGACGACCGAGGACGCCAAGUUGCCGAAUCGAUCGGCAGCCAAAGGUGUAGGUACAUACUCUGCGACGUAACGGACGAAAAUCAAGUGCAAUCAAUGGUGGAAUCAACGGUGAAACAGUACGGAAAAUUGGACGUGAUGUUCAGCAACGCAGGAGUAUUAAGCAGCCAAGACCAAACAAUCCUGGACCUGGAUCUCUCUGCCUCAGACAAACUGUUCGAGGUGAACGUGAAGGGGAUGGCGGCGUGCGUGAAGCACGCGGCUAGGGCGAUGGUUGAAGGGGGAGUAAGAGGGAGCAUCGUGUGCACGGGGAGUGUGGCGGCAGCGAACGGGAGUAGGCGGGGGACGGACUACUGUAUGUCGAAGCACGCAGUGUUGGGAUUGGUGCGAUCGGCGAGCGUGCAGCUUGGAGGGAAGGGAAUAAGGGUGAAUUGCGUGUCGCCGAGUGGGGUAGCGACGGCGGCGACAUGUAGGGCGCUGGGAAUGGGAAUGGAGGAGGUUGAGAAAGCGUACAGAGGAAUGUGGAGGGUGGAAGGUGUGGCGUUGAAGGCGAGUCAUGUGGCUCAUGCUGUGCUCUUCCUUGCUUCCGAUGACUCAGCCUUUGUCACGGGCCAUGACCUUGUGGUCGACGGAUGAGCAGCAUGAUGAAGAAAGAAUGAAAAGGAGGAAAGCUGAAAUGAGGGAAGUAAGGGAAGAAAACGAGAGGC